ACUCUCUUCUCUGUCUCUCUCUCCUAUCUUCUUUCUCUCUCUUCUCUCCUUCCACUUUCUCUCUCUUCCCUCACUGGCACUCACCAACAACACCGCUGCUCCCACUACCACUCCCACCUUCUGCUCUAGAGAUAGAAAAAUCAAAUUUAGAGCGAGAGAGAAAGGAGAGAGAGAGAGAGAGAGGUUUCUCUCGUUGUGUUCUGCUUUUGUGUUCUAACCUGUUACUACUAUUAUAUUCUCUGUUUUUUCAGUGACUAUUGCUAUUAUUAUCGUCUCUCGACUUCAGUGAUUGAGCUUCAAUAUCUUAAUAGCGUUUCAGACUGUAUAUAAACAUAUAUAUAGGUGUAUAGUGCUUUGUGCUGAUAAUUAGGGUUUUGAGUGAAAGAAUCUGAAGUACAAUUGGUCCUCUGUGCUAAAGCCAUGGCAGAGUAUCUAAAAUAUUGAGGUGAAUUUGAUGUUUGGAUUUUAUCAAAAGUGCUUUGGUUGUUUAUUACUCUCUUUCAACUUGAUCUGGUGAAAGGAGAGCGUGAGAGAGCGUUUUGAGGAUUAAUGGAUUCAGAUUUUGGGUUUCGCGGUGAGGAAUGUAGUGAUGAUAGUCAACAGGUGCAACAGCAGCAACCAAUAAGGAAUUCUGGAUUGGUGAGGUAUCGAUCUGCGCCGAGUUCCUAUUUUGCAAGGCUCGUCAACACUGGUGGUGGUGGUGGUGGAGAAAAUUGUGAUCAAUUUGUCAAUCCUCGGCCUUCAAGUCCAGAAACAGACCAAAUUUUUGCCGGAUUUAUGUCGUGUGGUGGCACACAAGACUCAACUCCUCACAAUCUAUGUGAUAUUGGGCAAAAUUCUUCAGCAAAUGAAGCUUUCCAACCACAAUUUGUUGCAAAUUUGAAGGAAGAAACUGACAUUUUUCAUCAUCAUCAUCAUGAUGAGCAGCAACACAACAGUGGUUAUUCUUCUGCUUCUGUUUCUGCUUCAGCUUCGGCUUCGCAGAUAAUUUAUCAAAAUCAGUCUCAAGAUACUCAACCAAAUCAUAACUCUGUGGCCUCUAAUUCGGGGAUGGAUAACUCUUGUGGAGUGGCGAAUUCAAUGCGAACGAAGUUAAGUGGCGGUGCUGGUUCUAGUAAUUCAAAUCUUAUUCGUCACAGUAGUUCGCCAGCCGGAUUAUUCUCCCACAUUAAUAACGAAAAUGGUUAUGAUGUAAUGAGAGGCAUGGGGAAUUUUGGAGGCGGUAAUGGUACUAAUGCAGAAGCAUGGCUUCCCUCUCCAAGCAGGUUGAAACGCCAAAUGGCUUUCUCAUCAGGGCCACCUUCUUGUUCGGGGCCAAUGGCUCCUAUCUCGGAAAAUGGAAGCAAAUGCAUGGAAAUCAGUGGCCCUGAGCAUGAAAGUUUUUGUGAAGAUCACAGAAAUGAUCGUGGUUAUAUCGCUGGUUUCCCAAUUGGUUCUUGGGAUGAUUCGGCUAUCUUGUCCAACAGUUUCCUAAAAAGACUCGAAGAUGAUGACAGAGAAACAUUCUCUGACAUGAAUGUAUCAGAGAAUCAGAAAGUUGGAGGAGGGAACCGAGCUCCCACUGUAUUAUCUCAUCACUUGAGUUUGCCGACAAGUUCAGCAGAAUUGUCUGCUAUGGAAAAGUUGUUGCAGUUUCAAGAUUCUGUUCCUUGUAAGAUCCGAGCCAAGCGGGGCUGUGCCACUCAUCCACGAAGCAUUGCUGAGAGGGUCAGAAGAACCCGGAUUAGUGAAAGAAUGAGGAAAUUACAAGAGCUUGUCCCAAACAUGGACAAGCAAACAAACACAGCAGAUAUGUUGGAUUUGGCUGUGGAUUACAUUAAAGACCUUCAGAAGCAAGUAAAGAUACUCUCAGAUAGUCGAGUGAAGUGUAGGUGUUCAAAUGAGCAUAGGCCAUAGCUCAAAAAAAGCAUGGUUGUGACUUGCUUCUCUAUACCAAGGAAGGGAACCAGAAAGAAGAUAGAAAACUAGCUGUUCAGUAGUCCCAGAGCACCACGGUUGGAAUCUUUUCAGUGUUAGAUUUAGACUUUAUGCAUAAAAGUAAAAACUAACUGUAUAGUAGAUUUUCAGUUGUAUGUAGUUUGUGUUUUUAAGUUAAGGACUUCAACCAACUUUGGCACACAGGCAUGCUCGCAAGGAGAUAUGAAUCCAAGGAGUUUGUUUAGUCCCGUUGCAUGAAUUAUGAAAUUGUGUUAAUUGUGAUCUCCCAACUAAUUGAGCGGGGAACAUUGACAAUUCCCUUGAAAUUUAAACCGAGGGCAUUAAACCA